UUGUUGGUGAAAGACAGUCAAAUAUUAUAUUUGAGAAGAUUCAGGAAGAAGAAGAAGAAGAAGAAGAAAAAGGGGCUUCAUUGUAAUCAACGAGAAGAUGACCAACAGUAUGAAGCAAACCGUCAUUAAAAAUCCAACAUGGUGGAAGAGACGAUCGACUUUGGAACGUGGAUUAACGGUAAUCGCAGUGUCCGGUGUCCUCUUAUGCAUCGCAUUGGCUGUCGCGCUUGGCGUGUUGGCCGCAAAUACAGCGUCCUGCAAGCAAUCAUCGAACGCUGUUGCUAAUUCAGACCAACUACCAUCCACAGCGGAAGCUCUGCAAGUAAUCAAAGGUACAACCAUCAAUCGUCAAUCAACAGAGAAACAAAACAUAUGCGUUUCUCCAGGAUGUGUACACACCGCUUCAAAAAUAUUGGAGAACAUGGAUUCCGACGUUGAACCCUGCGAUGAUUUUUACCAAUUCGCUUGCGGUGGUUUUCUCAAAUCCACCAUCAUUCCGGACGACAAGACUAGCGUAAAUACGUUUAGUAUUAUCAGUGAUAAUCUUCAACAACAACUUAGAACCAGCAUCGAAGAGAAGAGUCCACCGAAUGAGCCAAAACCGUUCACGUUAGCUAAGAUCUUUUAUAAAACUUGUAUGAAUAAAACGGCUAUCGAAGAAAGAGGUUUGGAACCUCUGCAUAAUAUUUUGAAAACAUUAGGUGGUUGGCCUGUGUUAGAAGGUGACAAUUGGAAAGAGGAAGAUUUCAAUUGGAUAGAUUCGGUUUACAAAUUCAGAACAAAAGGUUAUUCCGUAGAUUAUUUCAUAGACUUUAGCAUCGGCGUAGAUUUAAAGAAUAGCACAAUGCGCAUUAUUGAUUUGGAUCAAGCUUCGCUCGGUUUAUCACGCGAAUAUUUGUCCAAGGGAUUUGAUGAUAAAAUCGUGCAAGCUUAUUAUGAUUACAUGGUUGAUAUUGCUGUAAUACUUGGAGCAGACAAAAACAGAGCUAAAACUGAACUUAAAGAAUCAUUGGAAUUCGAAAUGAAACUUGCUAAUAUAUCAUUGCCCAAUGAAAAACGACGUAACGCAACGUUGUUAUACAACCCAAUGACCAUAACUGAAUUGAACAAGAACUUUCCAAGCAUUCCAUGGAAGGAAUAUUUUAAUACGAUAUUAGCACCGACCGUACAGGUUGAUGAAAAUGAAGUGGUGAUAGUUAGCGUGCCAAGUUAUAUUACAAGUUUGGAAGAACUUUUGAGUAAGACGCCGAAAAGGAUUCAAGCUAAUUAUGUCAUGUGGAGGGCAGCUGCCGGAUCGGUCAGUUAUCUUACGGAGAACAUCAGAAGAAGGCAACUUCAAUAUUCGACAGCUUUGAGUGGCAAAACUGAGAGAGAAGCCAGAUGGAAGGAAUGCGUUGACAUAGUUUCGGGAAGUUUAUCGAUAAGCGUUGGUGCGAUGUACGUAAGGAAAUAUUUCAAAGAAGAUGCUAAGAAAAAUGCAAUUGAAAUGGUCUCGGAUAUCAGAGAAGAAUUUAAGAAAAUUUUGAAAAAGGUCGACUGGAUGGACGAAAAUACUAAAGAAAGUGCUUUGGACAAAGCUGAAUCGAUGUCCAGUCACAUUGCUUAUCCCGACGAAUUAUUGGAUGAUAAAAAACUUGAAGAAUUUUAUAAGAAACUUGAAUUGACCGAUGGAAGUUAUCUCGAAAGUAUUUUAAACUUAACUCUCUUCGGAACGGAAUAUUCUUUCAGCAAACUUAGGAAACCUGUAAACAAGAGUGAUUGGGUUACUCAUGGAAGACCAGCUAUCGUUAACGCAUUUUAUUCAUCUAUAGAAAACAGCAUUCAAUUCCCAGCCGGUAUUCUUCAAGGAACUUUCUUCAACAACGAUCGACCACGGUAUAUGAAUUACGGUGCUAUCGGAUUUGUUAUUGGCCAUGAAAUUACCCACGGUUUCGAUGAUCAAGGCAGACAAUUUGAUAAAGAAGGAAAUCUCGUCGAUUGGUGGGCACCAGAAACUAAAGAAAAUUAUUUAGAAAGAGCUGAAUGUAUUGUUCACCAAUAUGGAAAUUACACGGUCGAGGAAGUUGGUUUGAACUUAAAUGGUAUUAAUACGCAAGGUGAAAAUAUUGCGGAUAAUGGUGGCAUCAAAGAAGCCUACUUUGCUUACAAAGAAUGGGUCAAAAGAAAUCACCCCGAACCAAAAUUACCAGGACUUUCCUAUACGCCCGAACAAAUGUUUUGGAUUAGUGCUGCCAAUACUUGGUGCAGCAAAUAUCGACCAGAAGCGAUGAAGCUUCGCAUUACCACUGGAUUCCAUAGUCCAGGAGAAUUUCGUGUUUUAGGUCCUUUCUCAAAUAUGAACGAAUUUUCUAAAGACUUUAAUUGUCCGCUUGGUUCGAAAAUGAAUCCUGAGAAGAAGUGUGCUGUUUGGUAAACCUGACCAGAUUCACUUUCCAUCUUCAACGUUGGUCGACUAAUUCUUUAUCUUCUUGUUAGUCAAAAAAAAAAGCAACGACAAUGCGUUUCCGAUAUAUAAGCAUGCAUAUGCGUUAAGUAUGUUUGUGCAUCGUUGAUAUUUAGCAGACCGAUGGAUUGAUAUCCUCAAAGGAUGAAUAUGGUUUGCACUCAAUGCUUUAUAGAAACAACGAAGAUAUUUCGUCAAAAGAAAUUAUAUUUUCAUUUUUCAAAUACAAUUCUAAAGGUCGAAAAAAAAAA